GGGACCGUCUCUGAAGAGUGUGUCCUGGAGGGAAACGGAGGCCGGCGGGAGGGCUGGGGGAAGGGAUCCGGGCCCAGAACAACUGCUGACUAAUCGGCGGGCGGCGGGGGAGGGGGCGGCCUGGCCGCUCGGCCGGGGUCACGCGCCCGAAGGGGAAACUGAGGCCCGAGGAACUUGAGUGCUUUCCCUAAAGUUACAAAGCUGAGGUCGACCCAGACCCUGGGACUCCCCAUUCUGCCCUCCUGGCUGCCCCGUAAGAUGAGGAUGGAGGGGCCAGAUGUUGAGCGGCGUGCCUGAGGACAUGCUACAGAAAGAGCACACAGCCCCAGGACCACCUUGGCUGCCUGCCAUAAAGACAUGUACACCAGGGACCCUGCGGGCCAACCGGCUCGGGCGCUUCCUCUCGCCUCCUCAGCCCUGGUGCUGCUGCUGGGCAGCCUGUGGCUGAUAGGGGCCGGCCCCAGCCUCGCCCUGGCCCCGGAGCUGCUGCUGGACCCCUGGCAGGCGCAUCGGCUCCUGACCCAUGCCCUGGGCCACACGGCCCUGCCGGGCCUACUUCUGAGCCUGCUGCUGCUGCCCACUCUGGGCUGGCGGCAGGAGUGCCACCUGGGCACGCUGCGGUUCCUGCACGCCUCUGUCCUGCUCACCCUGGCCGCCGGACUGCUGGCUGUGCUGCUGGCGGGCCUGGGGGUGUCGAACGCUGCUGGCGGCUGCGGGUACAUGCCCGUCCACCUGGCCAUGCUGGCCGGCCAGGGGCACUGCCCUAGGCAGCCCCAGGGGGCCCUGCCACCGUGGCUGCUGCCGUGGCUGCUCCUCGCCCUGACCCCGCUGCUCAGCUCCGAGCCACCCUUCCUGCAGCUCCUCUGCGGCCUCCUUGCUGGCCUGGCCUAUGCCGCCGGGGCCUUCCAGUGGCUAGAGCUGUCGGAGCAGCGGCUGCAGGCCCUGCAGGAGGGCGCCCUGUGCAAGACGCUGGCCGGGUGCUGGCCUCUGAGGCUCCUCCCCACGCCGGGCAGCCUGGCUGAGCUGCCCGUCACCCAGCCGGCCGGAGUGAGGACUGCCAUCCCUGGGCCUCCUUACGUGGUCUCCCCUAGUCCCUGGUCCCGCAGCGACAACCCAGCCUUCCCGCCAGGCCUGAGCUGGGAGAGCGUGGACUGGGCCAGGCCCGGCUUCUCCACAGAGCCCUCCGUGUGGGCGACGCUGGAUGAGCAGCUGUUGCAGGAGGGGAUCCAGGCCUCGCUCCGGGACGCCCCGGCGCAGGAGCCGCAGAGUGCGUUCUGGCUGCCCAAGUCCUCUGUGUCCUCUCUGCGGCUGCAGCAGCUGGAGCGCAUGGGCUUCCCCACAGAACAGGCCGUGGUGGCACUGGCAGCCACAGGCCGCGUGGAGGGCGCCGUGUCACUGCUGGUCGGAGGGCAGGUGGACGCCGAGGUCCUGGUGACCGAGGGGAGGGCAGGCUCUGCCCACCCCAAGGGCCCUGGGCCCCCCUAGCUGCAGCAGAGAGUGGGGCCACAGAGAAUCGCCUGGGUAACGAAGCCGGGCCCUGCUGUCCAUGGAGCGCCGCAGCACGCCGCCCUGGUUGUGGCUCUCAUUUAGAAUAAAAACCAGUCUGGUUCGGUCUGGACCUCCCGGGAGGCA